CCAGAAUCGCGCGAUCCAAGAAUUGGAGCUCACUCAGCUCAAAAUAAAAAUUAAAUAAAUAAUAAUAAUUGAAAGAAGCCUGAGACUCACACAAAACACACGCAUAUAAAAUUACAAAUCUCUCGUUACUAAAAAAUUUGACGUGGAAUCAGGUCUUCGAAAUUCGACUUCUGGUUUUGGACACCUGAUUUCAGUUGGUUACAUUACGUUACGCUCUAAUAGGGAGAGAGAUAGAGUGGUGUUAUAAUAAUAAGAAGAAGAAUGGGGUGUUCAUUUUCUGGUUUGAACGCACUUUACGAUUCCGUUAACGGAGGCGGAGAUGUUUGGAUCAACGAGAACCGGUUCCGUAUCGUCAGGCAGCUCGGUGAAGGUGGAAACGCCUAUGUCUUCCUCGUCAAGGACGUUCCCGCCGACAACGUCUCCGGCGGUUUCUCCUCCAAGCUCAAACAGUCCUCUCACAUUUCCGAGGACGGAACAUAUGCUAUGAAAAAGGUCCUCAUCAAGAGCAAAGAGCAGCUGGAGUUGGUCAGGGAGGAGAUCCGUGUUUCCUCACUGUUCAACCACCCAAAUCUGCUCCCGCUUCUCGAUCAUGCAAUCAUUUCUGUCAAGCCUACUCCACAAAAAUCUUGGAACCACGAGGCAUACUUGUUAUUUCCACUUCAUUUGGAUGGAACACUGCUAGAUAAUACCAAGACAAUGCAAGCCAGGAAGGAAUCCUUUCCUACCUCGGAUGUUCUUCAAAUCUUUCGACAGCUUUGUGCAGGACUCAAGCAUAUGCAUGGUUUAGAUACUCCAUAUGCUCAUAAUGAUGUCAAACCUGGUAAUGUUCUCAUAACACAUAGAAAAGGACAAUCGCCUCUUGCCAUACUCAUGGAUUUUGGCAGUGCUCGUCCUGCCAGGAAGCACAUUGGUUCCAGAUCAGAGGCACUCCAGUUGCAGGAAUGGGCAGCUGAACACUGUUCUGCCCCUUUCCAAGCUCCGGAGCUGUGGGAAUGCCCAAGCCAAGGUGAUAUAGAUGAGAGGACUGACGUUUGGUCACUAGGAUGCACAUUAUAUGCAAUAAUGUGAGAAUUGAUUUUUCUUUUGUACGUGUUUAAG